AUCAAUUUUGUAUUAGAGAAGAAACUAAUCCCAAGCUUUUAUAUAAUUUUAUUUGAUCCAAAUAGUAUUGUUAUCCGAAGUCCAAACUCUUUCUCUUAGACCGACUUGUUGUAAAGUCCAGAUUUUGGCAGACCCAUCCUGAUCCUUCCUUUGUUCUUCUCGUUGGAGCAAAGGGAAAAGAGAGCUUCUUUUUUCACAAAGCACGCCCCAAUCAAUCUUAUCUUAUUUUUGGCAUUUGGAAUCUCAAUCCCAUUUUGUUCUUCUUCUUCUUCUUCUUCUUCUUCUUCUUCUUCUUCUUCUUCCACCACCAGUUAUGGGGAGCGGCUCGUCGGAGACGAGGUUCGUACAGGAAUUGCUUCUCUACGCAGCCAGCGCCGCCUUGAGCUGCUUGGUUCUCUUCGCUGGUCUACGCCACCUCGACCCCAACCGCGAGGCCUCCAAGAAGGCUCUCGAGCACAAGAAGGAGAUUGCCAAACGUUUGGGCCGCCCUCUCAUCCAAACCAACCCUUACGAGGACGUGAUUGCCUGUGAUGUUAUAAACCCCGAUCACAUUGAUGUGGAGUUUAACUCCAUUGGAGGCCUGGAGAGUAUCAAGCAAGCUUUGAUUGAAUUGGUGAUACUUCCGCUAAAGAGGCCCGAGUUAUUUUCGCAUGGGAAGCUUCUUGGUCCGCAGAAAGGAGUUUUGUUGUAUGGGCCUCCUGGUACUGGGAAAACAAUGCUGGCAAAAGCCAUUGCAAAGGAGUCUGGAGCUGUUUUCAUCAAUGUCAGGAUUUCAAAUCUGAUGAGCAAGUGGUUUGGAGAUGCACAAAAGCUAGUGGCUGCUGUGUUUAGUUUGGCCUAUAAGCUCCAGCCUGCUAUUAUAUUCAUUGAUGAGGUCGAUAGUUUUUUGGGUCAGCGACGAACUACAGAUCACGAAGCAAUGACAAACAUGAAGACUGAGUUCAUGGCCUUAUGGGAUGGAUUUACCACAGAUCAGAAUGCCCGUGUGAUGGUCCUUGCUGCUACUAAUCGCCCAUCUGAACUAGAUGAAGCUAUACUUCGGCGUCUUUCACAAGCCUUUGAGAUUGGGAUACCUGACCGGAGGGAGAGAGCAGAGAUAUUAAAGGUGAUUUUGAAGGGUGAGCGGGUUGAAAACAAUAUAGACUAUGAUCGUGUGGCAAGCUUGUGUGAGGGGUACACGGGUUCAGAUAUUCUUGAACUGUGCAAGAAAGCUGCUUAUUUUCCAAUCAGGGACCUCCUUGAUGAAGAGAAGAAGGGGAAACAAUCUUCUGAGCCGAGACCACUGUCACAGUCAGAUUUGGAAAAGGUUCUUGCUACAUCCACAAAGACAAAGGUUGCUGCAAGCGAAUACACUGGAUUGAGCUCUAACUCAUCUGGGUGGACAGGGCACAGGGAAGCCGGUGAUUAUGAGGUUCAAGCAGCAAUAAGUGAACUCUCCAAGCUAGUGGUCUCCCAAAUCUUGAAUAUCCAAUCUGAUACCCGAGAUUCGUGAAAACCCCAAGGGGCAUAGUGACUCGUUUUAGUACUAAAUAGCACAUAUUUACCGUUGGAUGCAUCCUUGGUUCGAUGGGUUUGUCUCCAAUCUGAAAUUUUGAAGUUCUGAAUGGUUUCUGGUAGUUGUUGCAUAUUCCAACUUUACCCUAUGAAAUAGGGAUCAUAUUUAUAAACCAAAAAACGGUGGAUUAACCCUGUUACUAAAUCUUUUCUAUGAAUCCGGGUCAUCCUCGGACAGUUUUCUAUUGUUCCA